GGACCAUCAAAAGUUUAACAUCAGAUGCUAACAACAACAUGAUAGAUGAAGAUUCUACUGUAACCUUCACCUGUUCUGUUGACAAUCUUCCAUCUUCAGUAAUAUCCUGGUCUAGAUCACAACAAGGGGGACAACUCUAUUCUGGUAGUCAAUAUACCAUACCUAAAGCUAGUUGUCAACAUACAGAUAACUAUACCUGUACAGCUAGUAAUAAUAUUGGUCAACCUGUGUCUAACACUAUUCCACUCUAUGUUAGAUGUGCGCCUGUCCUGGAUCCUAACCAAGAAACUAAAACUACUAUAUCUAUAGGACGUGGAGAGACAGGUGCAUUAUCAAUCCAUGUUUUAGCUUAUCCACUACCUGUAUAUACCUGGUAUUAUCAACUACAGGAUGGUAGUAAACAACUGAUUACAGAUUUUAGAAUUAGACAAGAAGAUGAUGGUCUAUCAUCAACAUUAACUAUACAAGAUGUUACAGAAGAUGGUGGUGGCAAAUAUAUAGUUUAUGUUAAUAACAGUGCUGGUACCAAAUCUACUGUAUUUAACCUGGUUGUAUCGUCACAAGAUGGGGACAAUGAUGACGUUAUUUCCAGAGAACGGGGUAUUGGUGCAGCUAUUUGCCUUGCCGUCUGUUUUCUUGUAUUGGGUAUUGCCACCGUUUCACUCUGGUGCAUCAUGAAGAAACGUGGACAGAGAAUUUGCUUUCAAAAUAUUAAAGCAGAUCAAACGGUGGCUAACGAUACAACCAAUCGUACAGACAACGUUACCCUGUCUGAUAUACCACCUAUACCACCAGUUUAUGACCGUGUUGAUGCAACCAAUACUAGAGAUGCCGUUAACCUUGACUAUAUCAACACAUCUACAACAGCAUCACCAUAUGAGGUACUGGAUAAACAAACUAUGGAUACCAACACUUAUCAGCAACUCAGUCCUUAUCAAAAUCUACAUGUGUAGUUAUAACU